ACGCUCCUGUGGGCGCACAGAGUUAGUCCAGGCGACCUGCUGCGACUGGCGGAUUCUUAUAGUCCUAUUCAUAUCCGAGCAUAUUUUGUGGAUACUUUGUAGCAAGGAGGGGAUCCGGCAACGUUCUGUGAUUCCAUUUUUGGAAAUGAAGGACAUAUUCACUCCAGAUUAAAAAGGCGCACUAUUUUUCACGUUGACGUUUUUUUAAUAAGCAGUUUACCUAAAACUUCUUUUGUGUCUUUUGCGACUAACGCUGGAACCCUGGGACCCGUACAAUGGCCGACAGCAAGCAUCCGCAUGUUAUUUUCUGCGACGACUCGCCCAAACGCGUUCUGGUGUCCGUCAUCAAGACCACCCCGAUCAAGCCGAGGAAAGCGGACGCGCAGACGCCGACGAGCCCCGGCUUCAGCGACUUCAUGGUCUACCCGUGGAAGUGGGGGGAGAACGCCCACAAUGUGACACUGAGCCCGGGCUCGAUGAGCGGGGAUUCGUCCCCCACUGGGACCCAGUCGGCCAGAGAGGCAGACACUGCACCCUCACCUGACCAGAUCAAGGAUGGCAUCCGCAGAGGCCGCCCACGCGCUGACACCGUCCGGGAGCUCAUCAGCGAAGGGGAGACCUCAUCCAGUCGCAUCCGCUGCAACAUCUGCAACCGGGUGUUCCCCAGAGAGAAGUCUCUCCAGGCCCAUAAGAGGACACACACGGGAGAGAGGCCCUAUCUGUGUGACUACCCGAACUGCGGCAAGGCGUUCGUCCAGAGCGGUCAGCUGAAGACGCACCAGCGGCUGCACACCGGGGAAAAGCCCUUUGUCUGCUCAGAGAAAGGAUGUGGCAACCGGUUCACACACGCCAACCGUCACUGCCCCAAGCAUCCUUUCUCCCGCCUGAAGAGGGAGGAACCAAAGGAGGGCCUGGAGAAGGCCCAGUCGGUGGACAACAAGGCCGUGGCCGAGUGGCUGGCGAAAUACUGGCGAACCCGCGAGCAGCGCGCCCCCACGACCACCAAGGCGAAGCCGGCGGGCAAGGCCAGGACGGAGGACCAGGAGCAGCAGGACCCCAUGGAGUUCCUCCAGUCCGACGAGGAGAACGGGGAGGAGGACGAGGACGGCGGCGGCGAGGAGGAGGAGAAGGCCAGCGUGGGAGGGGGAGCCGCCAAGCGCCGCCUGCAGGAGCAGCGCGAGCGUCUCCACGGCGCGCUGGCCCUCAUCGAGCUGGCCAACAACCUGUCUGCCUGAGCGCCCAACGCCGCUCCUCAGAUCUCCAGUCCCCAAGUCGCCUUCCUGUCGCGUGCUGUAGCUACCAGAUCCCUCCCAGACGCAGACGGAUGAAGAGAUGAAUGGGCCUAGGGUCAGUGUUAUGGACGGCGUCAUCGAUCCCCCCUCCCCCCCGGCACCAGGAAGGCACAAGCUAAAGCACCUUAUUCAGCUUCUAUUUUAUCCUCUUAGGCUGCUAUAAUUGUAGAUUUGACUAUAUGAAGAAUGUCUUUCCUUCUUACCUUUUUUUUUUAUUAUGUUUUGGAUUUGUUUUGUUUGCACUUUGAUGGUAACGAGUUUUUAAGUAUAUUGUGAGUGUACGAGUGUGUAUGAUUGGUGUAUAUAUGGAUUAAGCUCAGAGGGACCGAAGGAUUCAGGGUGUGCUCCAUCACUGGAAGUGUCCGGUUGCCUAGCAACCGCUUCCAAGUCUGGCCCCUAGUGUCGCGAGCGCACGGCGGCUGUGGAAGCUUUGGGGCGCGCUCAGACUCGCCGGUGUAGUUGUGCGGCGUGAAGCGGGACGCGGCCGGGGAGCUGGAUCUGUUUGACGUGGCGUUUUUCAUGUGCGGUCAUUGCAAGCCUAAUCCAGGUGUCCGCACGGACACAAGCUCUUCCUGGAACCUCUGCACAACAUUUAAAGGGGCUGCGAGGCGGGAGGGGGUCCGCUGCUAAAACGGACAGACCAUAGCACGCAGGACAGCAGACGUCGGCCACCUUUUAUAUUAAAAGGUGUCUGAGCGGCCAUGAUCCGGGCACGGCGUCAUAAUUUGGAUAUUUUUAUAUAAUGCAGAAAGGGAGAUGUUGUGACUUAAAUCUGUCACUUCCAUUCAGACCUCCCGCUGAUUUUGAAGAAGCACUUACUCAUGAAAGAGUCUUGGCUUAAGCUUGCAAUGCACUGAAGAUUAGGUUUCUUGUGUGGCACCUGUUCAUAAGCGGGUUUGUGUAG